AAUUCUUAGUAUUAUUAAUUUUAAUCACUUUUAAUUAGAUAUAUUUUACAUUCGUUUUUAUUUUCAACUAAUUUAUAUAAUUUAUUCAUUAAGGGUAUAAACGAUUUAAUAUUAAUAUUAAUCACUUUUUAAUCAGAAAGAUUUGAAAUUCGUUUUUAUUUUUUGACUAAUUUAUAUAAUUAUUCAUUAAGGGUAUAAACGAUAUUAACCACUCUAACUUCUAACGUGAGAGCUCCAUUGCAAAAUUUUACUUCGCAAAUAAUAGUAUAGAUUGGAUUUAUAAUUUUCUUUUCUGAAUGGAUUGUAUCAGUUAAAUUAUCUUUUUUUAAGUUAAACGCUCAAAGCCCAAUUAAUAAUAUUUAUUUUGCUGAUAACAAAGUGAGAUUAAAUAGGGAUAACAUAUAAUAUAUAAAGAAGACCAAAAAAAAAAAAAAAAGUCCAAACAACUUUUUAAGUAGAUUUAUUUAAACUUCUUCCCUUUUAAUAGUAUUGAUAUUCACUUUGGUUUUAGUAAGAUAUUAUUCAUCUAUGCAUUUUAAUCAUCUAAAAUUUCAUAGAAUUCACCAAUCCAAAUAAAGUUUACUUAUAUUUAAAUUUUCUUCGUAGUUUUUAAUUAUUAUUUACAAUUUUUAAGGUUUUUUCUCUGACCUAUACCUUUAUAUUUUUAACAAAUAAUUUUUUUUCUAAAGCCACUCGAAUCCAUAGUGAAAUCAAAUAUAUUAAUAACUAGGUUAAAAUCUACGCCAUUCGCGAGAUAAAAUUAUGUAUACAAAUGAUUUUUCAUAUUAAAUUUUAUUUUGUGUUCAUUUACGUAUGUACACAAAUAAAUUAGAUUGAGCACAUAAAUCAAAAUAAUACCACUUGUGUAUUGACAAUAUUUUUUUGAUAAGUAAAUCAAAACAAUCAUUUUAUUUAUUUUAUAUGGUAUAUUAUUAAAUUUCAAUAAGAUUGAGAUAUAUUAUAUAUAAUAUAUUUUAAUAUAAAAAUUGAUUAUUGAAACUUCAUACUCAUACGAUUUUAUUAACAUUUGUAUAUUCGUUGUACCAAAAAAUUUAAACCAUUAAUCACAAAAACUUUAGUGUGAAAUUUUUUUAAUGCAGAUUUCAAAAUCAAAAUAUUAAUGUCUCAAUACGUUUUCAAUGCAAAUUUUAAAAUUAAAAUAUUUGUGUAUUUUUAUAUGGUACAUAGUUUAAUUUAAACGAUAUUAAAAUAGAUAUAUAUAUAUAUAUAUAUAUUUAAUAUAAAUAUCUAUUAAAUGAGACUUCACAUUUAUAUGAGUUUAUGAUCAUUGGUAUCUUGUUAUAACAAAAAAAUUAAAACAUUGAUCACAAAAUUUUUAAUGGGAACUUUAAACAUUUUUAGUAAUAUAUAGUCGUUUUAAAAAAAUCAUAAUAUAUCAUAUAAGAAAAAUCAAAAUUUUAUUACAUAGUUAAUAUGAUUGUUUAAUUUAUUUUAACUAAUAUAAAAUUAAACAAAAAAGAGAGAGAAUACAAAAAGUGUUAUCAAAUCUUGAUUAGUCAUAAUCAUUAAUUAUCAUAAAUAUGUUAAUCAUAUCAGGUAAUUACGUAAUUUUUAUUUAUAGAAAUAAUGGAGAACAAGUUUUUGUACACAACUAAUCAAUUUGAUAGUUAGUUUAAUAAAAUGUAUAAUAUUUGUUAGACAAACUUAUUUUUAUAAGAAUUCUAAGAAUCAUCCUGGUGAUGACAUGUGGAUACAAAAAAAUGUUAUAAUGUUUUUCAAUUAAUAAUAUAUAAGAGAUUUAGAUAUUUUAUCUAUACAUGCAAACAUAAUAAUUUAUAAUAUUUAAGUAAAUAUUUAUCAAUUCAAAGACCAUCAAGAUAAUAUUUCUCAUAUGUUCAAGAUAUUUAAUAACUAAUUGAAUAUUAAAAAUUUUAUGACAAAUUUUUAUCAUUGUAAAAAUAUUUUAUUGCAUAAAAUAAAAUCAAAACACUCAUAUGUUUAAAAUAUUUAAUAAUAAAUUGGCAUUUAAUUUGUUGUACCUAGUUUUGUUGAUCCAGUCCUUUUUACCUACUAGUUCAGUGUAGAUAUUUUUAAAUUUAUGCUUUAUGUUAAUUUUUAAAAUCGUUGGAACAUUUUUCUAAUGAUCUGAAUGUCUACGGCUAAUAACUUUUCUUUAUCCAUGUUCAUUCGGUUCGUGACUCUGAUCAUGUGUAAUAGUUACUAGUUAUAUUUCUACAUUCUUUGACCACUUGAUCUUUCUACAUGUUUUGACCACGUUCGCACGAUAUCAUAAAUUAUUUUCCGAUAGAUCAUCUAUCAUUUAAAUACUCCAGCUCAAUCACGAUAACUUUAGAAUUCUCUGUGGAUGUAGCCCAAAAAUAUAAGUGUACUUUAUGACAUAAGUAUCCAAAUCAUUUUUCUUAAAUCUUUUUACAUAUACCACAAACCGACAUAUAAAUUAUCUAUCUCAUAUAAUGCAACAUCCUUAUUGCGUUCAAGAUUGUCACCUAUGUUAGUGUGAACCAACACAGAAGUCAAAACUCAUCUUGUUUUAGCUCUAAUAGCACUUAUAACGUCCAAACUGUCCACGACUAAUGGAUCUUCCACACCCACUCAAUAGCCCGUGGGCCCACCUUAUCUUACGAGUGGUGUAUUAUUUUUCAAAGGCUCAUUAGUCUUGUUUCCUGAUCAUGCAUGCAUUCACCAUAUUAACAUUUUUCCGUACUUUGGUCUAACUCACACGAUAUUGUAAAUUAUCCAAAUAGGUCAUCCAUACUUCCACAAUUCUAGCUCGAACCGUUCAAUUUUGUAGUUAUUUCUAAUAUAUCACCGAAAAGAUAAAUAUAUUUUGAUGAUAUAGGAAAUCAAAUUAAUUUUAUUAAAUUAGUAGUAGAGUAAAAUGAUGAAAAAGAAAGGUAUGAGAAAAACAAAACUCAGAGUAAUUUUCUCUCCAUUUUACUCCACUUUUAUUCUCUUUUGGCCUUACUGGGUUGAAUAUAAAUUUAACCUGAUUGGUUAAAAUAUGGAGUAACUUAGUUGAAAUGUUAUUUACUUUACUUUAGUAUCGCCAAAAAUACCUUUCAAUCACACUCUAAAUUUUUCACCGUAUACUAUAAACUGGAAUGUUAUAAUUUGUUUAAUAUAAGUUUGAAUGUUUGAUUGAACUUUUUGCAACACCUAAUGACCUUAAUUCUACUAUAAAAAUGACUAUCAGUAUCUUAAUCUGCUAUUACAAGUUUUACAACGUAGAAAAAUGCUUUUCUAAUAUGAAAGCGUGGAUAAAGUUAUUAGAGAAUCAUAAUACGUCCAUGAUUGAAUCUAUGCUAUUAUAUCGUUUAAUAUAUAGAGUUUAUAUUUUAAUGCAUGCGAGCACUUAGCCAAUUUUUAUAAGUCAAAUUUAAACCAGAAAAGGUGCAUUGGCAACAACUAAACAUUAGAUUUGACGAUCAACCGAACGAAAAUCAAAGUUUAACUAAACUAUUGUUUAUGGCCCAUUUGAAUAUCCAGAAAAAGAUUUAAACUAUUAAAGAUUACUUUGGUUUUUUUCAUAAGUCUGCAAUACCUUCAAGUUAAUAAAAAUAAAUAAACUAAUUUAAACUAUUGUGCUUUGUUUGGUAAAUUUCUAACCCAAAAUAAAACUUGAUUUUAUGCAUAAACCUAUGAACGUAUACAAGUAGUCAAGAAUCUAUAAACUACAUGUACUAAGCUUAUUAUUUACGUUCAGUAACACUCAUAAAUCUUCUAUAUAAAAUCAAUCGUACGUACAUCCGAAAACAUAAUAAUAAGAUACAAUAAUAGCAUUUUUCAAAAAACUAAUACAAUAAUAUAAUACGAUGCAUAUGUAGUUUAUUUUCUUUCGUGGAUAAAGAACAUGAUCAAGUUCAUGCGACUAAUCAUAAAAGCAUUGGCAUAGUCAUAUGAAAACGCCACAAAAUAAAAUUAAGAAAACGAGAAUAAAUAGUUUUGUAUAGCAAAGUGCCUAUAAUAAUGAUAUAAAUUGCUUUUUAGUCAUCAAAAAAUCAUGUAAACAAUUAAAUAUCUGAUAAAUCAUGAUGAAAAGAUGUGAAAAUAAUGAUUUGGAUCGGAGAGAUUGCAGGGAAGGGUUUGCAAUCAUGAGUAUUGUAAAGCAUGUAAUUAGUCCAUCAUUAGAUCAAGUGUCACAUAUAUCGGUAAGGCAACUCGGUCUACAACUAGAAAAACCAAUGAAUUAAAAAAGAAAUUAAGGAAGUUCACGUUAUUUCUUUUAUUAAAAGGAAGAAGAAACGAGAAUUUUGCAUAUUAGUUUUAGAGUCAAUUUGGUAAACGGCAGAAAUAGAUGACAAAUUAUGUAAAAGUAAUUGAAAGGAAAAAGUAGAUAUUUUGUUAUUUAGAUUUAUGAUUGAUCAAAAGAAAAGAUGUAUCCUUCAUUUAACUUACAUUAUUAUUUUUUUAUAUGUAGCUGACUGAUUUAUCAAAUAAACUAUUAAUUAGAACUAAACCGUAGAUCUUAACUCUUGAACUCUAUCUUCUAUUUUAACCAUAUAGAUUAUAUAUAUAUAUAUAUAUAUAUAUUACCAUAUGUUGUAGCAUAGUAGAAUUAGUAAACCUUUUUAAAAUAUGUGUAUUACAGUUAAGCACGUUUUACUCAACAAGAUUCAGCCGUAAGCUCACCAGAAUAACGUUGUUGACCAUCGUUUAUACGCAUGGUGGUCAUGAAUUUAUAGUUCAGUUUGAUGGAAACAUGAUUUUAUCUGUACAGAUGUAAUGAUGAUUAAGAAAAUAUUCUUAGUGUAAGUGACAAUGUGACAUGCAUGUAUAACUCAAAACACCGGUUUUAGGAUGGCGAACCAAAAACAAAACAAAAAAUGAGUAAAAAUGAUUUUUUUCUCAAAAAAAAAAAGAACAAAAAUGCUUUAGGAUACUAAGCUAACGAAUUUUCAGUAUAAAUUGAACGGAAAAAAUCUCUUUUAUCAAAGUUCAUGAAUGAAAACCAAAACAUGAUACAACCUGCAGGGGCUGAGCUAGAAUUUUUUUUUAUUCGGGGAAACUAUAAAACAUUACUAAUAUCUUAAUAAACUGAACUUUUAACAGAGGCAUUAAUAAAAUUCUUGACAAAAUUACACUAACUUAAAAAGUUUAUGGUGGGCAAGUGCCCUUUCUAAACUAUAUGUACGUCCGCCACAGGGUACAACUUCAAGUCAUCAUAAGUAGGAACAAAGAACCGAAUCUCACGUUCCAAAAAUGAUAGCAUGCGUAAAGGUAAAACGAAAAUAAGAUUUAAAAAGAGGAAAAAAUAUCCAUUGCAGAUUGGCUCAUAAUCUGUUAAUCUUACAUGAUUUGCUUGGGCCAAUCCUAAAAGCCACAAACUCAUUUCACUGUCAAAUAUAUGAUUAGAUGGUGAUGACUGAUGAUCAUCUGAUUUUGCACAUUUCCAUGUGACCCACCUUUUGUAUCUUAAAAAUUCCUCAAAGGGAACUUUAGAAUAAACGAGAGGGUCCACAUAAUGAAUGACCUCUUCUAUUUAAACACACCUCAUUUCCAUUGUUCCACAUAACCAAAUCCAUCAACUCAAUUAUCUUUCACAUUUAAGUGUAAACAAAAGUACACUAAUUAAAUAUGGAUUUCAAUGGUAAUGUAAAUGCUGGUUCUUCCUCUAGAUCAAAAAAGAGUCAUAGGCAAAAGCAGCAACAACCGCAACCUCAGCAACAUACUGAAGAAAUCAAGUAUGUAGGAGUGAGGCGGAGGCCGUGGGGAAGAUACGCAGCUGAGAUAAGAAACCCGACUACAAAAGAGAGGCAUUGGCUAGGUACAUUUGAUACAGCCGAGGAGGCUGCAUUGGCCUAUGAUAGAGCCGCACGGUCUAUAAGAGGCUUGACUGCUCGGACCAACUUUGUCUACUCCGAUAUGCCUCGUGGCUCCUCAGUAACUUCCUUCAUCUCUCCUGAUGAAUCACAACGUUUCAUUUCCGAGUUAUUCAACCCUCCAAGCCAACUAGAAGCUCCUCACAGCAGCAACAACAACAAUCUAUAUUUGUCCGCCAACAACCAAAACCAAAUCUCUACUGAAUUCUCAUACAAUGGGUGGACACAUGAGUCUGAAUGUGGUUAUCAGUCAAUGAACACUAAUGAUGAGCAUUGUAAUCAUGAGCUUGCACCUCUUCCUCCAAGUACUUGUUCUGGAGCUGAACUUACAAUUCCGGAGACUGAUAGCUAUUGGAAUCUGGCGCAUGCUGGCAUGGAUACGUUUUCCUUUGAGAUCGAUGGCUUUGUGGAUCAAAACAGGCUUGGUGAGAGUGGAACAGAAGGGUUUGACUCUUCAUCCUCCACAUUCUUCUAUCAAUAAUAGUGAACUGCCCAAGUUUGUGACUUUCUUUUUUAUUGAGCAAUCCUUUUUGCCUCUUUUAUGGAGUGGAAUGAAAUAUCACGUGUUUUUCUCUCUCUUAUACCGUUUUGUGUUUCUCUAAUAAUUCAACUAAUGUUUUUGUUACUGUGGCUUAUAAAAUGCAAGGUUUCUUGAUCGCAUGUUACUUUUCUUAACGCCACUAUUGUGAGUUAUAAGCAGAUGAAAAAUACUUCAUUGUUCAAAGUCUCUUUAUAGUUCGAUAUUUUUUAACAUUAAAGAUUCAUUAACAUCAGCAAAAGACCCUACAUAGUUAAAAUACAUGUAACAUCCUUGUGAUAUAUGGAAAAAUUAAAAGAAUUCAUUUGGCUACCUAUGUCGCCAAAGUUGACUUACUUUUUCUGUCACACAUCUGUUUAGAACUCCAGAGUUGAGCGUGUUUGGGCUAGAGUAGUGAGAAGAUUGGUGACCUAUCAAAAAGACGGGGAAAGGUCGGGUGGUGAUUGCAGGGCUAAUAAACAAUGAUUUUGAGCAUUCGGAAAAAAUUAACGCACCGCUCGUCGUCAAACAGGAUGGGACCCACAGACCAAAUGAGCGGGCGUGGGUGGUUCAUUAGCCGUGGGCGGUCGGGACGUUAUAAGUGGUAUGAGAGCAAGGUUAGCCAUCUCGGUUCUAACCCGAGGACGUUGUAUUUUUAGAGGAGGUGAAUUGUAAUGUCCUGAGUUGUGAUAUAUGGAAAGUUUAAGAGAAUUGAUUUGGCUACAUAUGUCACCAAAGUUGACUUACCUUUUCUGUUACACAUCCGUUUAGAACUCUAGAGUUAAGCAUGUUUGGGCUGGAGUAGUGAAAAGAUGGGUGACCUAUCAGGAAGUGAUUCACGAUACCGUGUGAAUGAGGUCAAAAACACGGAGAAAGGUCGGGUGGUGAUUGCAGGGUUAGUAAACAAUGAUUUCGAGCAUUCGAAAAAAAUUAACGCACCGCUCAUCAGACGGGAUGGAGUCCACAGAUCGAGUGAGCAGAUGUGGGUGAUCCAUUAGUUGUGGACGGUCGGUGCGUUACAAUGUACAUUUCUGAGAAACUAAGCCAGCAGGUACAAAACCACAUCUGGAAGAACAUAGGGAGACAAAGACCCGCCAUGAGGAGACAAACUAAUGAAGCUUAAAAAGCAUAUGAACUAAUUGCUCCCAAACCCAUCUAACACAAAUUAGUACACAAGAGAAGGACAGUGAUAACCAAAGCCAAGAACAAACCGCAACCAAAAGACCGAGAUGGGAUUUGAGCAAAAUAACUUAUCUUAAACAGAAAAAGCACUCUCCGGCGAUGACACCGAGGAUAUAUCACCGCCAAAGAACCAAAGAGUCACCGGGAAAAAGAAGCUUAGAGCAUCUUCAACUUCAUUCUAUUUUUCACUCUAAAAUAGAGUUUGAAGUAAAAAAAAGCUUCAAUCAUAUUUUGUUUUUUGUUUUAUUAUAGAAUAAAAAAUAAGUUUACUCUCUAAGUAGAGUAAUUCAAUUAUUUAUUGUUUUCAUUUUGUUUUAUUCUAAAAUAUAAUACUGUUGAGUUAGAAUCCAAUUAUAUUAUAGAGUUAUUCUAUUAUUAUCUGACAAAAAAAAAAUUCUAUUUUGAAAAAAAUAAAGUAAUCCAUUAAAGAUGGUUUUAGAGAAAAAAUGGAGAGAAUUAGAAGAGGGAGAGAGGUUUUGAAAAUGGUGAGUUUGUUGAAUUAUUAAGUUUAAAUGUGCAUAUUUUUAUUUAUAUUUUAUAUAUUUGUAAAAAAUAAAUAUAUUUCAUAAUAUUAUAUUUUGAUUAGACUUUAUAGAUUUAAAUUUUAUAUAUAUCUUGAAUAUGUAUAUGUUUUAUAUAUGUAACUCAAUAAAUAACAUCAAAAUAUUGAAAUUUACAUGUAUAAACUGUAGCUGUUCAACAAAAAAAAAAUAUAACCAAAAAUAUAGCACCAGAGUAUUGGAAUGAAAAAUAAAAU